CUUUGCAUGGCCAGCCAGUCAGUGCUAGGGACGUUGUAGUGAGAGUUGUUUUUUUCACUCUGAGUGUUCGUGUUGUGUGAAAAAAAUCUCAACGGAGGCAGAAACACUGCUCCGUUCAUCGAGAAGAGACUCCACCAACAAGGACCUGUUUACUCUCAGGCGGAUUCCGUCUUAGGACGUUCUUUUCCUCGAAAAACAGAGCUACCAAUAACCCUGUGCAUGGUUCGCCCACGGUCCAAGAUGCUGUCACCAUUGCCAGCAAAAUAAUAAUGUGGUGCGACGUUGGUCAGAGUUGUGCAAUGAUGGGUUUGCAGGCCACGGCAGGAAAACGUAAGCUGGAGGGAGGAGUGGGCUGCAUGGAAUUUGACAUGGAUGUGGGGGAGAGCCCCUCAAAGCUUGGUCGAGUCGAAGGAAGCUGGUGGGCGAUGGAGGAAGGUUACACGGCGCCCCUUAGUCAAACGACAUCGCCCUCGUACUUCGAAAUGGAGUCAUCGUCGCCCUGCUUGCAGGCGAAUCCCUGCCAACCGGCAGCCAGUCCACCACCCCCGGCUCAGCUGCAUCAUUCGCAGCACUACUACCAACGCGGUCCCGCAAACAAUGGCUACAAUCAGCUUUCGAGGCCGCAACCUCAGUGGGCUCAGCCCCAUCACUACGAACCCCCGACGAUAAGACGGGAUGAAAACGGCAAGAGUUACCUGGAGCUUGGCUCGUGCUACCGUGCCAACGAGAGAUGCUGCGAGGGAUCGAGAACCAGCUGGUGUAGAAGAGGGAGAGCCUGCUACCGACAGAGAAGGCUUGCCGUCCUCAACAUCUCCAUGUGCAAGUUAGCGAGGUAUCGCCAAUUCCCGGACCCUAGCCUACACCGAUCGGUGCUCAUCUGCAAUACCUUAAGGCAUCUAGAGAGGGAAAUGGAAAGGGACAGGAGUCCGCCACCUAUGGAACCUGUAGUCCCAGCUCCCAUGGCCCAACUCCAACCUCCGGAACAAGGCAGGCUAACGCCCUUUCCCCUACCUCCAUUCUCUUCCGCAGAGACUGACGCCGACUCCGGCAUCGGCGAUAGUGACGAUAGCCGGUCUAUAAAUUGGGGAAGCGUACUCUCCCUCUCGAGUCAAUCGCCCCUCGACCCCCUUAACAACAACGAGCUCCUCGACGUCGACCUAAGUCCCGAUCUAGACCUCGAUCUACUGCCAGGAUGGAAGCUCACUCCGCUUUCGGCGGACGACAUACUCAGGAGUACAAAUGUCCAUGAUCAUCAGCUUUCCAACGGCUCUAUAGGCGGUGCUGGCUCCACUUGUAAUACGAGUAGUAACCACGAGUCGCUCAUGUGCGUUGGAUCAUAGCCCUCGACAAUUCUCUCGUCGCUGAGUCACCUCAUCGAUUUCUACCCCCUGACGCCCCAGGGCAAGUAGGAAAACCCUUAAAACCGUCGUAGACUGUGCGUCGCGACGCAAAGUGGCAAGCGUCCGUGCAUUCCAUCGCAGACCCAAUUUCUGGCGCUUCGCCGUGUGUAUUUAAUUCUUCGCGUCAAUUACACGCCGUCUCGAUUUUCUUCCCCUUCCUCGGUUUUUCGCAAACUGUAAAACCCGCCCGGUGAACUAAUAGCGCUAAAAAACAACUCGAUACUCCGAGUGCUUGAUAUUCAGUCGAAGUCACCAGGCGUCGGUAGCGCAAAGCAUGAAUCAAGCUUCCAAUGUAUAACCCCUAUGGCCAGAUCCAAGGAGGUCUCGAUAAUUCUGCUUUUGUUUAGAAAAAUAUUUGCCAAUUUACUCGAAAGUUUCAAAAAAAUGCUCUAUUGUGCAGUGCUUCCAAGGGAUGUGCAUGAAGUAACAUUUUGUAAUUUAUUAAGUGAAAUUUCGAGACCUCCUUGUGAACGUAAAACGGCAAGUUAGGCGUAUGAGCACUUCCUGGCUGACGUUCUCCAGGGUAAGAAAACACGGAUGCCGUGUCCGCCACUCGCAUGAGUCACAGAUACACAAAAAUGGUGCUAGGAUGUCUGACCUGGUGCUCUUUCUUCUUAAUCGACCAGUAGUCUUGUGUUCUUGACGUGAACCUAGUUAGGUGAAGACAUUUUUCUGCAUCAGAAAUAAACCUUGACAAAAUAGGCUGUGUGAUGGCCUACCAGAGUUCAUACCUUUUAUUAUCUGUUCUGGUAAGCGGAGUUUACGAAUACGUUGCUAAAUAUAGUACCAUGGAAAAGAAACUAAUGACAUUAUUACACUAAUUCAAAUUGUGUAUUGUGCACCAAUUUAUACCACACAAUUUAUUCACACAAGCUAGAACUGCCUAAUUUCGGUAACUGUCACACAUAAUAUUUGUUUUAACAAAUGCGGGAAAUUUUUUACUCGAGAAGCAAUAGAAACAAACCUACCGUAAGUUCUCGGAUGUCAUACAUUUCAAGCAAUUUUUGCCAAUUUUAUAAUAAUUUAUAGUAAUUAAUCACUUUGUGCUGAUACUCGCUAUACACAUGCAUCGAAAAUCAAACAUUUCCAGCGUGUGUUGCAAACAAGUUUCUAUUUAAGGAGUGUAUUCGUAAAUAAAAUGUCAAUAAUGACUGCAAGGGAUAUCCUUCUAGACUGACAAACUGAUAAAAUGAGAGUUUCUAAUAUUAAUCAAUUAGGAAAAAUCAUGAUUCGAAAAAUGUCUUCUGCGAUUAAUCUUGACUUAACGAGCAUUCACAUUGAUGCAAAUUUUGUACUUCGUUUUAUGAGAACUUGAAUGAACUUCGUGCAAAGAUUGUUGCGCAUCACUGAUCUCCCGCGAUUUAGGAAUCGCCUGUGAGCGCAAAAGUCUGUGUGUGGCGGACAUUUAGUUAAGUUUAUAGUUUCGGGAACACAAGAAUUACUGAUCGGUCGCCCUAAGAGAGUAGCUAUACUUAAAAAAAAAACAAUAUAAAUAUGGAUAAACAGAUCUAAAGCGAUAAAAGCUAAUCGAUGAAUGGGCUUGACUGAUUACUUAAAAGCAACGUAAUUAGAUACGAUGUAAGUUGGUUUAACGUGUAAUUAAUGAAACGUAAUGCCCUCAUCUUCAUACACACAUCCACAGUACUCAAGAGAUAUCUGCUGCGCAUGUGUAGUACAGUUGAUAGGUAUACAACUCAUGCGCAGUAGGUAUUUCAAUAUAAACAUUAAACAAAGACAUGCGGAAAUGCUAGGUACUUGAUGUAAAAAAAAUAUAUGUUACUAAGGCUAUAAUUAUAAUGUGAACGAGAAGAGGGUUAAGAACAAAAUGUACUCUUUGUUUUCUCUUUCUUCGGACAUUCUCAAAAUCUUAUACGCAAAAAAAAAAUUUCAGAACACUUACAAAGGCAACGUUAAAAUAUGCAAUUUUUUUCUUUAUUUAUUUGCUUUUAUUUGAAACGACCAAUAUUAAUUUUAGUAACAUGAGAAAUGUAAGAAAAAGAGACAAGAGUAAAAUCUUUGUAUGUAUGUGUGUAUGAUUAAAACCAUUGUUGUUUUCUUCCAUAAAUUGUGCUCGCGUUGAGCGGCGGAUUGGCCGAGCGCGCGUUGUAGGUUUUAUUCGCGCUUUAGAGGGGAAAAACACAAGAAUUUCGUCCAUUGCGCACGGCCAUCUACCGCCGAACAACCGAAAACUAGAAGGCCACAAACAGAUUAAGUAACAAAAAAAAAAAAUCUGAUUGAGCGUCUCUCACAAUGCUCCCUAAACAAAUAAAAAUCUCUUCUGGCUCGAAAUUCGAUAGAUCUUUGAUAAAAGGGUUGUAUUUGUUAUUAUGAAAAAUGUCCGCAAUUGGAUUGAUUAAAAAGCGAAAUAGAAAUAAUGCAAAAGGAAAUUUGUGUCGCACGUGUACAGAUAAGAAGUAGUGGGGACCUAGAGCGCAGGUGCGGUAGACUCGAAAUAUUGUGCAUGCGUGAUUCGAUUCGUAUUUCGAGCUCGGGAGGUUAAAUAUACGUAGGGGAAAAUUCUGUAGAAAAAAAAUACCUAGCAAUACUCAAAGUGGGAGUGUUGAGAGAGACGCAGUUUGGUCGAAGAGACGAACCUCCACGAAAUCGGCACAAAGAAAGAGGUCUCACGAACUAUAAAUUAAGCUCUUUGUAACAUAACGGCGAACGAAGGGAGUGAAUUGAGUCUGGUGCAAUCGCAGGUAUGAGCGAGAGAAGACAUAGGAUUGUUUAGUGACUGUGAGGAAAUCUUGUAAAUAGUAUAAAUAGCACACAAAGCUGCGUCUAAAAGCGAUGAGAAAUCUAGAUAUAAAAGAAUAUACAUAUAAGAUAUUAUUAUAUAUUAUAUAUAAAUAUAUAUAUAUAAACGAGAAAUAUAUAUAUAUAUAAGAUUAUUAUAUAUUUACCUUGGUAAGUGAUACAAUGCAGUUGAUGAACCUCGUAUGAUUUUCAGCACCCAAAUUGUUUUACUAUGUUAUUUUUUAUGUUUUCAAAAAGUAUUUUUUUUUUCAUUUUCUAAGUUUUUCCAACUUUUGACACCGUCAGUGCUUUUUAUGGGCGUUUUGUAAAAUUGAUAGAUUUUAAAUUUCUCACAAUAUUUCGGAAAAUCGAAACUUGAAUUUUAGUGAAAUUUCUAAUGAAACCGAUUGGUUUUGCAGUUAAAUGAAAGUAAAGGCAUUAAUUCGAUAUUUUGAUUUGAAAAACCAAUGCGGCUUGAAGUUUUUGUGACGGGAGGAUGGAAAUCAAUUGAGAAUUGAUCAACCGCUGGAAAAUGAAAAGGCAAGACAGACAUAAACGUUGUACAUUGUAAAUAGUAGAGAAAUUGUGAGGGGGUUGAAUCUUUUUUGUAAAAAUUAAAAUACAAUAAUGUGAAUAAGAAAGGCAAAAAUGAAAAGCGCGAAUUGAGUGCGAUGGCAUUUGAGCUGGUCUCGUUGUUGUAUGAAUGUUUUCUUAUGACCGAGUUCUUCACAAUCUAAAAUUGAUUUGAGUUUUGCAACUUGGUCUUUUGAAAGUAGCUUAAAACUGUUUCAUAAGUUUUUAAAUAUAUAAUAAAAAAAAAAAUCUUAAAACAAUUUUGAGAUUGAGAGUAGCGGUCCUUGUUCAAUUUUCGACGACUAUCCACUAUCUUCGCGGGGCCCUUUCGUAAGAAAAGAAGAUUAGAAAACUACAAAAGGCGCGUCUGAAAAUCGUUUUUGAUCGCUCGUCUUGGAUCUUCAUUCGCCUCAUCGGGAUGAAAAUCAAGUAUUGUAAAUUGUAUAUUAUUUAAAGAAAUGAAAUGAAAAAAAACAAACAAUUAAUGAAUUAAAAACCACAAUUACUCUAGUCGCAAGCAGGCAAAGGAGGAUCCAAUAGAAUUAAGCGAUCGAGUGACAGUAUGCCGUUUCCUUAGCCACGAUUGUAUCACGUACCACGUUUUACCAAAAUACCAACAGCGGAAUGAUCAUUGGAAAAAAGAAAAACCACCAACACAUAAUAUGGACAACAACUAUCAAAAACAAUAAAGAGUAUUAUUCUAUAUAUAA